GAUACUUUGUUCAGGCGGCGGUUGUAAAUACGGAAGUUCUGGUCUCCAGAAGCAUUCUGGCUUUCUCUGUCCGUGGAGAAGCUCGCUUUAAAGGCGCAGAGUAUCGGGAUUUACCGCCGUAAUGAUGAACAGGAUGGCCGGCUGUCUGAAGGUGACUGCAGCCGUGAUGGUGGUUUUAGCUGCGGUGGCAUUUCAGGCAAACUGCGAGUCCUUUGGAAUGAAGAGAGUCAGAAACGCAAAGGUUUUGGGUUUCGACUGGAAAAACUGCGGACAGCCCGACGCUCCGGCUGUGCUAAAGACCCUGACUGUGUCUCCAGAUCCCAUCAACAUUCCAGGAUCACUGACGGCCUCUGCGUCUGGAUCCACGUUAAUCGAACUCGCCUCCCCUCUGUCUUUGAAUGUGACCCUGGAAAAGGAGGUGGCAGGUUUCUGGGUGAGGGUCCCCUGCCUGGAGGAUCUUGGCAGUUGUCACUAUAAGGACGCCUGCGAGAUUCUGAACCAGCUGAUCCCACCGGGACAGGACUGUCCCGAACCGCUGCACACCUACGGCCUACCCUGUCACUGCCCCUUCAAAGCGGGCUCUUACUCGCUUCCUCAGACUCAGUUCAACCUGCCUUACGUGGACCUGCCUUACUGGCUCACCAAUGGGAACUACAGGGUUCAGGGAGUCCUGGGUGGUGGAGGCAAAGAGCUUGGCUGCCUCAAGCUCUCUCUGUCCAUUCACUCCAACUGAGGAGAUGAUUCACAGCAGCUUCAUGUUUCUGUUUAUCUGCACAGAAAAAUGACGUAAACUACAGGCUUUAGAAAGUUGCGUCAGCUUUUGAUUUUAUGUUUGAUUUGUGUUUCAGCAGCUGUUGUUUCUCCACAUCAGGGGAAAACGCAUAUAAGCAGAUUAGGUACUACUGAUGAUGUUUCAUUUAAGCAGGAUAAGGUUUUGAUAGAUUUUUCUUUUUUUUUGUUUCAUUCUAUGCUUUUAUGUAUAAAAAGUUACAGUAACCAGAGAAGAACAUUGACAUUCUGCACAUGAGCCUUUUAUUCUUUAAUGUUGUCUUUUGUUACAAGCUACUUUUUAUUUGAACAUUGUCUUUAUUUUCUAUUUAGUGGCAAAAGUUUUCUUUAAGCUCAGAAAACUGUGAUUAUAUUUUUUAGCAGUUAACAAAAACAAAGUUGUGCAGUUUAAUUCAUUCUGUGCAACAUUUGGCCAGUUUGCUAAAAUGUUAAGAUUUUUUUUCUUUCUUCAACGAGUUUUUAGAUUAGAGUAAGAGAACAAUAAUUAACUUAAGUGGGAUUCUGUGGACUAUUUGACUAAAUCUGUAAAAAUAGUAGUAUAAUAUACAUAAACAUGGGUCAUAUUGUUGCAUACAAAAAUCCCAGUGUUUGAGGCAACAUUAUAUUUCUUGUUUAGUUUGCAUCAUCUCAGGAAAACAAUGAGGUCAUUUUUUUCUUCAUCGGGACUUAAUUUAAAAAAAACAAAACACUUUAUUUUGUGGUCAUAUGAACAUUUUACAAUGUUUUUAAUAUUCUCCUUAUAAUUUUAAAGCAAAAUCAUUCCAACACUAAACAAAAGCUUGAAAAAUUGCAGCAUUCAUUAAAAUACUAUGUUUCAAUAAAUAUGUUUUUUGCACAGUAUAAUUGUUUUUCACUCCCAUUUCUGUAGCAUCAAGAAGGCAAAAUGAAAGUGAUUUUAUGUUAAUCUAUAAGUGGCCAACAUAUAGUAAAUAGAUUUUAAUUGUAACUGGUAGUUUUAGUCAAGUGCCUCCUUUUUUUUUUAACAAACUCCAGGACAAUUUUGCCUUUUUAUAAUUUGAGAAAAUAUAACGUUUGUUUUUCAUUAUAUAAAUGACCAUACUGUCAUCUUUGCACAUGCGCACAGUCUAUCGUUUUUAAUAAGAUUUUUUUAUAUAAAGUAACCAACGCUCCUGUGACGUUUGUCUUACAAGAUGCAGUUACCUGUUUCACCACACGGUGGGAGUAUUUCACAGCCUCCCAACAAAGAAUUACACAAAAUAAAUAUUUUUUCUCCAAA